AUGUGGCGGGUGGCAGCAGCACUGAGACAGAACCUCAGGAACAUGAGGAAGAGCCCACGAGUGGCCGAUGAAAGCAUGUUUGGGAACGGGAACGUAGAUGAUCUGAAUAGAAGAGGCCCCAGAUGGAACGCGAUCUCGGUCAUUUGUUGCAUUAUACGGGUCCCUCUCUCCCUCUUUGCCUGCCUUUCUCCCCCUCAUACCAAUGGUACUGAAGCGGUAUGGGCUUCCAGCGAGUUAGCAAGGAUUUCAGAGAUGAACCAUCUUAUGGUUAAUGAUAGCAUGCGGUAUGCCAUCUUGAUGUGA